UGCAAAAAUAGCCAGGGAACCACAUGGUAAGUAGUAAUGUUUAUUCAUAUUGAAAAGUGAAAACUAUAAUUCCACCUAUUUAUAGGAUCUCACCACCUUCAUAUACUUCAACUCAACAUUUCAUUAUAGCAUACCUCUGAUCUAUUCCUCUUCUUCUUGAACUAAAACACACACACACACACAAAAAAAAGGAAGAAAUGUGUAUCAGUUCUACAGAGUGGAGUUCAUCACGUCCCAUUUACUUUUUAAUGCAGAAAAAACAACGACCAAAGCUCUCUCGAGUUCAAGUUCAUAGGCUAACAAGGAGGAAGAGAAGUGAGGAAAAAGCAGCUGAGGAUAUGGAAAUGAGAAAUUUGAAGCUAUACAUGGAAAAUAUGAGCAUUUUAGAGGAGAAUGAGAAAUUGAGGAAGAAAGCAAGCCUUCUCCAUCAAGAAAACCUUAGUUUAAUGUCUGAGUUUCAGAAGAAAUUUUCACAAUUUGAUAGAGGCUCCACUACUCUUAACCUACUUCCCAUUCAUAAGCAACCAUGUCAAUGAAGAAAGUAACUGUUAUAUUAAUGAGGGAAAAGAGUGGAUAAAAAUAAAUAUUCACUUAGUGUAUAUGUAUGCUAGCUACUUGUGUUAUUCAUAAAUUAUUAUUUCGUUUAUGUUGUUAUAAAAUUAGAGUACUCUUGGUAAUUA